AUCUGAUCCUGAAGGAGAACUGAACACAAGACACACAGCAAUGGCUCCUACAAUCACUGGAUCAAUCAGCAGCAGAGAAACUCUACUGACAAACAAGCUGAGAAAGCCCAUGGUGGAGAAGAUCCGCCGAGAGCGAAUCAACAGCAGCAUCGAGAAGCUCAAGACUCUUCUGGCUCAAGAGUUCGUCAAGCAGCAGCCCGACUCCAGACAGGAGAAAGCUGAUAUCCUGGAGAUGACGCUUGAGUUCUUGAGACGCUCUCAGAAAAGCAGUGCGGCUGGUGACGGACGCUCCAGAUGUGUGCAGGAGGCCGUCAGCUUUCUGUCUCGGUGCCCAGUGCAGACGCAGAGCCACACAAGACUGAUGAAGCUCUUCCUGCACAUGCAGACUCCUGCAGACCAGCACACACAUGUGGACAAUCCUCAGACCACCAAAACGCACGCAAACAGCACCGCCAAACAACACACCCCAGCCCGCAGUCACAUCUGGAGACCCUGGUAGAGCCCAGAGGGCCCACCGUACCAUUGAGCAGACACGAGUCGUGAUGCCAGUCUGAGAUUGGCAUGGACUGAUGUUCAGAACGUAGGAAUUGAUUUCCACCUCUGCAGCUUCUGCAGGACAUUUAAUCUGCUUUCAGAGAAAGAGAGUUUAGUGAAACUGUGUGAGCAGUCAUAUUUGAUCACAAUGCACACGAUCAUUUGCUGUGUAAAAUGAUUAUUACAGUGCAUUUGUGAACAUUAACA